AUGGCUUCUGGUAUGUCUACGACCUCAAAGCCCGGUAUUUUGCCACCUAUUGCUCAAUCCACUAUUGAUUUCAUAUUCAAUUCUCUUAAAGCACCUAAUCUUAAAGAAUUCAAUAGACCGUUUAAAAAUACUGAAUCACAAAUUAAUCAUUUAAAUAAAAUGGCUUAA